AUGUCAGGUAUUCUAUCAUUUUUCGGCUGGGCCGUUCUACCAAAUUAUGUGACUUCAAUCCUUCAAAACGUGUAUUACGGCCUCACCAUCCGUGCCGGCGACCCACGCCCGCAACCCGGCUCGCCGCGCUUCGACAAGCACCGACGUCGCAUUUUCAUCUUCGCCGUCACCCUCUACCUCUUCUACACGCUCUACGAAAGCUUCCAUGAAGUACGCGCAGCCGGCGACUUCUACAGCGUCUUGGGCGUGUCGCCCUUGGCCGAUGAGCGCACCAUUAAAUCCCGAUUCAGGCGGCUGGCCGCCCAGCACCAUCCGGACAAACUAAGUCAGAGCCAAGCCCAGCAACAGUCAUCCGAUGGCUUCUUUGUCUACUUGAAACUAGCUCAGGAUACGCUGCUUGAUCCCGCACGACGGUUUGGCUAUGACCGGUUUGGACCGCAGGUAAACGACUGGCGGAGUGCGCGGACAAUGCACGAUUUCUUGUACGGAGGUUUGAGUCAGGCGUUGCUCCAGUAUGCGGGUGGGCUGGGGACUAUUUUGGUCUUGAAUUUUGUCUAUUGGUCGCCAUGGGGUCGCUUCUGGCGAUUCUAUACUUUUGCUGCUCUGGUCGUGCUCGAAAUGGUCUUGGUGACACGGCCACUCGCCUUCGUUAUAUCUUCGGAGUCUUUGCCUACGAUGCUGCAGCCCGCCAGGACGUCGGCGUUUUAUCUGUUACCCUUCCAGAUCAUAUCCCUCGCACGCCGGGUUUCGAUUACAGUGCACAUCUUCAUCUCGCAACUCACGCCACUAUAUGUGUCUCGCACAGCGGCAGCGAGUGCCAGCGGCGCGGUACUGAGUUCCCAGACGAUGCAGCGCUUAGGGCAGGUCGCGCAGCUGUCACGCAUGACCGACGUGGAAGCAUCGCGGCUGUUGGAGCUGAGCCUGAGUCCGUUCCGGGGCGACGGGGAAAGCGUAACGACGCUGCGGCGCGGGAUGAAGGAAGGAUUGGUGGUUGGGAGUGUGCGGAACACGCCUGAGGUGCAGGAGGCUGUUGCCCAGAGACAACACGUACAUUGUAGUGCUAGCAGUGCUACGUUGCAACCGCGACCGUUGGUGAAUCAAUUCGAUGGUUGCGGUGGAUCGACUAGCAGGCGUAGUACGAGCGCUGCAUGGAUCAUCGUCGGGCCAAGCCCGGAUGGCACGGUACGGAAUUGGCUCGCGGAUGGAUGGGCAGGCCAACCCAGCGAAAGACCAAAACCAAACAAAAUUACCACAAUGGAUUCUCGCUCCUUGUUUUCUUCUCCCUCCUCCUCCUCCUCACCACCACCACCACCACCUCCCCCCGUCAGCCUUCCCCUGCUCACCACCCUCGCCAUCGCCGUCGCCCUCGCUCAACACCACGCUGCUAUCGUCGGACUAUGCCACAUUCCCUCCGCUUUGCCGUCGUUGCCUUUGCCUCCUGUGCCGACCGGCUUGCCUCCCAUCAUGCCGGCGUCGUCGUCCAAGAACACCGCCGCCAGCAGCAGCACCAACAACAACAACACCACACAAAGCCGGACGAUCGUCCUCAAGCUGUCGUCGACGCUCCUGAGCCGCUUCCCCAGCGACAGUCCAGCCGUCGACGACAAAGACGUCAAGGUCAAGGACGCCUCGUCGCCGCCAUCAUCCACCAGCGGCGAGGCCGGUCUCCAGGCCUCCUCGUUCGACAAUGCUUCCGACGCUGCCUCGACCCCUGCCGCAGCCGAGGGCAGCGGCAAGGGCAAAAAGGCCGGCGCUGCUGCUGCUUCCAGGGGCACCAAGCGAGCGCUCAACCAGAAUGGCGAGUCCAAGCCGCCGCGAAGCAGGCCUAGCGUGAAGAAGCGACUGAAAAUGGACGAAAAAGCCCUCGAUGCCUCCAAGCUCAUGCCGCCCAGCCACAAACUAGGCCCCAAGGCAAACCAGGGCGCCAUCAACGCGGGUCUGCGAGCGCUCGACCGCAGCGGAGCGCCAUGUCGGAAAUGGGAGCGCAAGCCAUUCCAACUCAAGAGCUUUACGGGCGUGGUAUGGGGACUAUCCAGUUGGCGCACCCCGAAGGCGGAACAGACGGCCGAGUCGAGCAGCGAAGAAGCGAACGGCGUCGCUGUUGCUGUUGUGUCCGCUGCCAACGGCACUGGCACUGCCGACAGUGACAGCAAGGCCAAUCCGAUGAGCAGUGCUGUGCCGAGUGAGAAGAGCAAUGCUGGCGAGGGCGAUCUCCCGUCGCUGCCUCCUAGUACUGCAGAGUCUCCGGUGCCUAUGAUCACUGCAUAA